GCUGGCUGGCUGGCUGGGACGCGAGCAGCUUUCGUGGUCUCUUGUCCCCAAGCCCCAACCCUUGCUCAGGCAAAAGUAUCAAGUGUACCAAAAGUCGCUCGCAUGUGCAAAGGUAAAACUACCCUUUGGGGGUGCCCGGCCGAGAUGCUCGGGGUGUCCUGUUGUUCAGCUGACGUCCUGCUGGCUACACUGAAAAGGAGGAUGACAAAAAUAAUCCGAUCGGGUGCAUGCGUCUGCGGCUCGUAACUCUCGGUGUGCCAUACUUCGUUGUUUUUGCUCGUCCAUCCCGAAGUCGCUCGCGCGAGGACGUCGUCACCAGUGAAAAUGGCCAUUACCAGGUGGUGGAGACUAGCCAUCGCCGCUGGGAUGUCCGAGUGCUUGGUUUACGCAGAAGCAAAAUAUUGUGCCUUUGAAAUACAUGGAGAGCCAAAGUACUAUGUGUGUCCAAAAACCGAAUACUGCUGCAACUUCGGUUGCUGCGUGUCACCAGGGUUUCAAAUGUAUCACCUGUGGUAUUAUUGGUUACUAGUGAUAAUAAUGUUUCUGGUCUGCUCUGGGGGUGGGUGGUGGUAUCGUUACUGGCUGCACGGGAGGUUCAGGACGACAGCGUCUGCGAUCCCCAACAGAUCGUCGAGCACGAGAGCACAGGGUGCCAUGCGCGAUCCAACGUGUCGGGCGCAACAAGCCAGGAUAUCGUACAAUACAGCCAGGAAUACCGUCCUUUUACACCGCAUGUGGAAAGCCCACCGAGGCGUGACCUCGCCAGCCUACACCGCAGCCGGGCCGGCGAGUUCAAACACCCACUACCAGAACACGAGCGUCGUACUGAACGACGUCAACUGCCCGUACUAUCAAUUAUACGGCCCGCCGCCGAGCUACGAGACGGUGAUAGCCCAGUCGCGGGGCAAGCUCUCCACACCCUCGUCCCCGGAGCUGUUGCGGCCGGGCCAGUCGAGCGCCACGGUAACUGUACCCGCAGCAGCACCCACGGGCUUUGUUGGGCCCUGCUUCUACAGCGUGCGCCCACUGCCGAGCCUCGAGGCACCCCAGUACCAACCACCGAGUGCCAGCUGUGCCCCGCCGCCACCACCGCCACCACCCCCGGCACUCGUCGAGGGCUUCGAUACUGCCGAGUACGUUCGGCUCAUACAGCAGUACCAGUGCCCCGGUGUCGUCGCCGGACCAACGGUCAUGGCUUCCCCGAGGCAUCAGUUGGCGUACGCGGAGCUCAGGGCUCCUGUUUCGGGAAUGCCCGCCAGUGGCAACGGGAACCAUUCUUCGGACGCCGAGACGGUAACCAACUGCAGUCAGGCUGAGAGCCCCGAGGGCUGGAGGAUAGACUGCCUGGGGCCCGUGUGUCCUUCUGUGGGAGGUCGGAUGCAACCCUGCUACGUUGGCAAGCCCACUUACAGAGUCGCCGUGCACGAGCUGGGCAGUCGCGCGAAAUUCGACCCAGCGAGCUCGUCCCCCCAGCCCGACCUGCCCACGGAGCCCUCGACGUCCUCCUCCCAACCGAGCUCGGAUCUCCGCCGAGUCCAGGGCGGCUCCCUCAAAAUACCCCGCCGACGCGAGCUCCGACACCAGGAGGUGCACGCCGCAGCUCGGGCCAGCCGCCGACUGAGCUCGGCCAGCGACCACCCGUACCACCAGGUCGGCCCCGUGGCCACCGGUCCCCAACCGAUUCCAUCCAGCAGCAAUGUGAUACCGGCCCCGACACCCCAGCUCGCUGCGGCUUCCGCCUCGACGAGCAACCACCACCACCGGGACGACAGCGGGAUGAACCGGCAGCAGCGGCAACCGCGCGAUACCGACGAGCGCCCCGGCAGCAGUACAAAUUCUAACGUUGAAAGUAAACGCAAAAAAUUGGACAGGUCCAAGUCGCUCGACUGAAAGUCGGGAGGACGACGACAACGACGAUGAUGCCCUUCUUUGUCCCGUAGCUGGCCACGUCCGUCGGUAAGAUGUUGCCCGGCGCGUCUGUCCUCUGUGCCGCCCGCGCGCCUUUGUGAAUAUCAUUGUACCACGUGUGAGGGUCCACGGUAUUGUCACG